AUGUCACGGGAACACAUCUUUGAUGGCUUCGAUGACGUUGCGGCGCUUUCCGAAGAAAUCGAAGCAGCGCUGGACUUCGUGGCGCAACAGCCGCAGCAACUGAGCUCGUAUGCGCCGCGGGCAUUGACUUGCGUUGCUCUCGCAGCAGUCAGCACCCGACGCAUCAAUUGGGAUGUUCUGAACGCAGCAUGUUUCGAGAUACUGAGAAAGGGCUUGCGACACGUGUCUGCAGCCUCUCUGACUCGGCUGUGCUGGGUGUUGGCAUGUGCGGAGCACCGUGACGAAGUUUUGUUGGCUACUAUCGGGGAGGAGCUUGCUGAGCGUCCGUCUGACUUUACUGCGGAUGAACUGGUUAAGUGUGUUUAUGCCUACUCCGAGCUCAAUGUGUUUCAUGAAGCAAUGUUGGCAGCUGCCACGGUAGAGCUAAUGUGGAGGAUCGACCAGUUGUGUGCACGAAGUUUGGCACAUUUUGCAGUCGCAUUGGCUCGCCUGGAAUAUUACAAACAGCCUGUCUUUGACUGGCUUGCGAACUGCCUUUGCCAGAGACCCGAACGCACGUUGGAUGACGUUUCUUCCACAGUGUGGGCUUUCGCAAAGGCUUCCGUGCCACACGCAAGACUGUGCGAGGUAGCCGCUCAAGAUGCGUCGAGCGCAGACGCAGAGACGUUAAGCGAAGAGCAGCAUGCAAGACUAAUGUGGGCGUUUGGAAAGCCAAACUUGGAAUCGUCGGCGGUCGGACUGCCGAGACCUUUGUUCCAUCUCGGGCUGGCAAAUGCUCAGCUAGUGUGCAAUGACCUGACUCCGAAGGAUGCAUAG